AUGUCGGAGCCGCAUGGGGUGCAGGAGGAGGAAGAGGGAGGGCGGGGACUGCAAGCACUGAGGGCCUUGCUCUCUCCUCCUCCUGUACCCGAUGGCGCCUGGUACGCGGCUACCGCCUCCAUGGUCGUCAGUCAGGCAAGGGCUGAACCCUCCAAGUUCCUCACGGACCCUUCCAACCACAGGGCAUGCUACCUGAUGAUAGCUGGGCUACGAUCGGGUCUUUUUCGCACUCAGUCCACCCUCCUUGACUGCGUCGCUUCCCUUCUGGACGCUCCUGACCUUGACGUGUUGGAGAUCCUCGCUGCUGACGCUGAGACUCCCUUGGCACAUGCCGCCCUCGCUCUGUGCGAAGAGCAGGAGCCGGCAGUAGGCAGCCAGCAGGCAUCGACUGAGCUGGCACGGGAUGGGGGAGAAUCGAGGGAGGAAGAGAGGGAGGAAGAGAGGGAGGGGGAGGGGGAGGAGGAGGGGGAGGAGGAUUCUCCUGCGAGGGAGGCCGAGGAGGGAGUGGCGGGGCAUGGAAGAGCUCCGAGGACUGAGGAUGAGGACGUUGCCGCAGCUCAGAGGCAUGUGAAUCAGAUGUGCUGUGAGAACCCGAUGGACUGUGAGGAGCCGACGGUGAGAGAAGCAGCUUUCAACCUCCUAGCGAAGUUGUCGACUUACAUGCUGCGACCUUGCUCGCCGCGACUUGAGAGCCUGCUGUAUCUCUGCACCUCAGUCAAGAUGGUCAGCAGCCGGAUGGUGUCAAAGACAGCAGGGAGGGCUCUGUCCUGCUUGCUCCAGCUGGAGCUGCAGAGAGACUCGGAGAGAGAGCUGAGGAGGUUCUUCAGGAGAAGUUUGCGCGGCGUCGGGACGAUGGUGGUGGAGACGGAGGUGGAUAUGUUCAUAAAGGAGACCGAGAUGAUGGGAGGAGGAGAAGAAGGAGAAGGAGCAGGAGCAGGAGCAAAGGAGGUUGCUGAGCGAGAGAGCAAGAGGAAGUGUUUGGGACUUGAGCAUAGGCGACGAGAUGAGUUGUGGAACAAGAUCUUCGAGGCUGUGCUUCAGUUGAAAGACGGAGAUCUCCCGCGAGAGUGCUGCAUGCAGACGUCAAGUGUCCGUCUAGCUCUCAUCGAAGUCACUCGGCACCUGCUGCAGACUGCGAGAGGGAGGAGGACCAUCCGAAGGUACGACCUUAUGCUCAGCAUCCUCGUGUUGCUCAAGAGGUCCGGGUUCUCCGUCUUCAAGACUGUCUGCAGCCAUCGCAAGGCAGCGGAGUCUCAACUUGACGUGUUGAGAAUGAUCCCUAUGUCGCUCAAGACUGCAAUGAAGACAUUAGAUCCAUCACGGGAUGUUCUGAACAACAACAACGUCGCCAUCGUCAACGACAUGUUUGAAGCCUAUCAAAAGGUCUACAGCUCGUGUCGACGCACCUUCCUCAUGACCUCGGAUCAGGCAUUUCAAUGUUUGCGGCUGAAUGCUGCGGAAGACAACUGCAAACCGCUCGAAGCUUUCUUCUCGUGGGCACAACUAGUCAUGCUGCUCGUUGACAACAUGCUGCAAGUUGGUUCAAAGAUCCGUGUCUACAUCCACCUUCAGCGGAAUGUUGUGUCGGCCAUUGGGAGCUUGACGCAAUGGAAGGAUGUUGGCAUAUCAACAGCAGCCUUCCGAUGCCUGUUGAGAGUCUUUGACAACCUUCCCGUCCUCUCAUGGAAGUGGUUGGAGCAGACUGCGGUCUCCGGCUCAGCACCCGACGACGACUGCGUCUUCUCACUCUCAGCCAACUCAAACAACGUCGUCGACGUACUAGAGCGAGUUUCCAUGUCUAGCAGGCGAGCCAUGGCUGUCCGUCCCAACAUGCCGAAACUUUGGGAAAUCCGAUGUAUAUCAGCUGAAUUCAUCGCCAUGGUCCUCACGAGGACGGAAGUGCUGGAGCGAGCAGAAAGCUUCUCCUCUCUUGCCCCUUCCAUCUUUCGCGUCUUGUGCAGCUUGUGCGUCGACAAGGUGGACUUUGUGCAGGCGGCAGCCAUCUCAUCCUUAUCGUGUGUUCACCACAUUCAAAAGUUUCUCAGCCCGCAGGCUGCCGAUGACGUCAGCACGCACGUCUACCGGGGCCUCGUGAACAGCUGCUUCCUGCUGGGCAAGUCGCUGGCUGGAGGCACCUGGUGGGCGACUCGGUGUGGAGGGGAGGAGAAAGCCCCGAAGCAGCAGUGGAGCAAGAUCUGCAAGAAGAUCUGCGAUGAUGUUGACUGGGAGGUUCAGCUUCGAGGGCUCGAGCUCCUGAGGAGGUUGGGAGGGAUCGCGGAUCCUCCGCUUGUUUCUCCGGGAGGGUCGUGGACGUUGGACAUGAGCGAGGAGGGGAGGGAACAGAACGCUUUCAGUGCGCUCUUGCCUUCUUCUCCAGGACGAUGUCUUCGUAACAAUGGGGGGGGCUUGCUCUUCUGGGAGGCUGACGGGGGAGCACUUCUCGAGUCCCUCCUCGCCUCCUCCGACCGCCCCAUCCGCCUCUCGUGCGCCGUCCUCCUCCUCCGCCUUCAUCAACAACUAGCGAAUGAAAGCCUCGAGCUUGUCCGGUUGCCUCCUGGUUCUUUUGAGCUCGCCGCAAGGUCGCAAGGGUUCCUACAAAGGCUUCCUGACCUCGUGCGGCGCUCGAGCUUUAUGCUACAGACGCAACAAGGGAGCGCACAGCAAACGGUGGAGCUGACGUGUGGGGAAAGCGAGACCGGCCUGGACUGCAUGGACUAG